CAAAUCAUCAUAUCAUAUUGUUUCGCAAGAAAACCGCAAAUCGUAAAGUUCUACAUAUGAAAUUAUGAUUAUUAAUAUUUUUAAAAUUUAAAUUCAAUAGCUUAAUUCUUACCGUGUACAACCAACAACACAACACGCAGCAAAACACAAAAGUCGUUGUCGCAUUAUUACAGCAAAAAGAAGCAGAGUGGCAUACGAAAUAAUAUUAAUACAGAAAAAAAGUGAAAUUAAGUGUUUUAAAAAAAAGAAACCAUAAAAUACAUGAACAUGACAUGGCCGCGUCUCGUUUACACAAUAACUCAAAAUUAAUUUAAUAUGCUGGCAAAUGAGCAAAGCGAAAAGCACGCUAAAAGGCCCUAAAUCGCGAAGGCGCUCCUAAACGGCUGCUGUUAUCGCCAUGGCCGCCGCAUCUGCUGGCCAGCAACAGCAGCAACAUCAGCACCAGCACAAGCUGAAUAUUGUUGGGAACGCUGAGACAGCGAUCAGCGAGAUGCAUCACCAACAGCAGCAGCAGCAAAUGUUGCCGUUGCACCAGCAUCAGCAGCAGCAACCGCAGCAACAUCAUCAGUUUUUCCAGCAGCAACAGACAAAAUUUGUAUCGCGGGUCGUUACAAGUGCAUCGGUGCAACAGCAGCAGCAACAACAGCAGCAGCAUACGCAACAGAUAUUACCAGCUGGCUUGGUAAAUGGCAACGGCAGCGGCAACAUGAUGCAAGUAACCAAUCUGCAUCUGCAACAGCAGCAGCAGCAACAACAGCAGCAGCAGCGCACCAGUCAGCAGCAGCAUAUAUUUGUCUGCCCCACCAGCAACCAGCAACUCCUUCUGCAACACCAACAGCAGCAGCAGCAACAAACCAAACAGCGCCAGGCGCAAAUAAAGUUGCCAAUAAAGUCAACGGCAACGGCAGGAGUAACGGCAGCAACUGUUGCUGCUGCUGGGGCAACGCAUUGCAUGCCGACAACAAUUGCAUCGCGUCAAAUGAGUCAGAACAAUCAGCUCUAUGCCAAGAAUGUUGCCAAAGCCAACAAUGCCAGUAGCAAUGGUAGCAACAGGAAGACGCCGACUGCUGGCUACAAUGGAAAUUUGGCCCCAGGCUGGCGUCGCUUGACCAACAACAAUGAGGUGGCCUACAUCAGCCCCUCGGGCAAAACGCUGCGCACGCAGUUCCAGAUCAAGGACUAUCUGCUCACCCAGGGUACCUGCAAGUGCGGCCUGCCGUGUCCGCUGCGCCCCGAAUACCUAUUCGACUUUAAUGCCCAGGUGCCCAACAUGCCGCUCAAGUUGCCAACGGAGGCGCCAACGUCAAUGCCAACACCUUGCCUGCAUCAGCGACGAUUUCUUGAAUCUCAGCAGCUUCAGUUGCCACAACAACCGCAGCAGCAACAUCUACAGCAGCAGCAGCAAUCCCAGCUGCAACAGCAACAUCUACAGCAGCAGCAGCAACAACAGGCUGUCAAAGAUGUAUCGGUAGCCGUAUCCGUAUCUGGGCCAGCAGCUGUCGGCGAUGUGUUCUCCACGCUGAUGACAUCGACAGCCAGAACGGCGACAACGGCAACACCAACAGCAGCGGCAGCAGCAACAUCACCUUCCCAGGCGGCAACAACAACCACACUUGAAUUGGCCAACAAAGACGCUGAUUGCCACAAAUACGGCAAUAACAAAUUACCUGCCUCGGUCAGGACGACGACCACGCCCACGCCCGCUCCAACGCCCCCGCUACCGCUUACGAAUGCGAUGCCAACUAGUCAAGCAUUAGCAUUGGGCGGCAAUCUCCCCAAGCGUUCAGCUGGGGGACAUGUGAUAAAGCAGCCAGCCAACGCGCCGCCCGGAGGAGCAAACAGUAUCAUCCAACAGCAGCAGCAGCAUCCCAACUUCAAGGACGACCCGGCUGGCUAUCUGCAACAGCAAACAGCUCUGCUGCACAACAGCCUGGGAGUUGGUUUGGAUGCAUCGAAAACGGCGGCGGCGGCAGGAACUUCCACUGCAAGAGCUCUGCCCCAGGAACCCAUUGUUCAUAGCUCCCAGCAGCAACAGCAACUGCAGCGCCAGAAGAUUCGUCGCCUGUCGAUCUUUGGCAAAUGGGAAACCGAUCCAGCACCCGCCACAAAUUCUCCAGCAACACCAGCAGCAAACAGAAGCCUCCAAGUGGAUACAGCAGCCUUUGCGCGACCCCAGAAACCGCAGAUCACCAGCGUAACCCUGGUGCCAGCUCCCCAGGAGUCACCGGUAUCGAGUAGUGCCAUUGAGACUCUAGAGAAGCGACCCGAGCAGGUGGGAGCCAUAUCCACAAGUCACGAGAGUCCGCGACAGAGUCUCUCCUCGCCAACGGAAUCGCUGGAUUCGGCCAAGAGCACGCCCUCCGCCUCGCCCAAGCCGCAGAUGCAUGUCCAACUGCAGCCGCAAAUGCUGCAGAUGCGCACGCAAUCGAAUCAGGCGAAUCUUUCUGCUCCUCCGGGAACGGUAACUAUGCCCGCCCAAGUCCGAGUGAUGCGUCAGCAGCAGACGCAAAUCAUUCCCAACCAGCGAGGACUACCAGUAGCCAGUAGCAGUGCCACCAUGACCAGGAGCAUAGUGACCUCCUCGGCGGGAACGAGUACGAUAACAGGUCGACCGGUGACCACCGCGAAUCCCACGGUGGCGCAGCUGCAAUCGAUGGCCAAUGCAAUGGGUGGAGCAGGUGGGGGCCAGUUGAUAAUGACCUCGUCGGGACAACUGCUGGUCAUACCGACGACGGCCAGCAAGCAGACGACGCAGCAGCAUCAUCGGCCAGGUCAACCGGGACAAGGAGUGAUCAUCCAGCAGCAGCAGCCGGCGGAGUUGCAUCCGCAGCCAGGAGGUGGCUACAUCGUCAGUCAACCUUCUCCAGUGGCGGCGCAAAGUUCCAGCAGCAGCAGCAGCACUGUGAUCUUGAAUUCCGGCGGAGCCAAGCUGUUGCAUCACCAGAUCAUCACCUCGCAGGCGGGUCAGAUUAAUCAGGCGAGUGCGGGUGGAGCGGGAAACCAACCGCAGACAGUGCUACUCAAUACGCUGCCCAAUGGCGGGUAUAUCGUCCAGCAGCAGCAGCAGCAGCAGCCAGCGCAGCAGGCCGAGCAGAUCCUGGCCAUGCCGCAGCCGCCUCCAGCGCAAACCCUCAUCAUCAGUUCGCCGGAUAACAAGAGAAGGGCGCGGAAGCGCAAAAGCUCCAUUUGCCAUACACCGCCGCCUUUGAGUGGAUCGCCUGCCAAAACCAUUUCGCCACAGAUCUCGCCCAGCAUCCCCAGCCAGGCACCACCGGCUUUGCUCCACCAGCAGGCAGCAGCAGCAGCUGCAGCGGCGGCGGCGGCUGCUCCUCCGCAAUUCCAACAGCAAUUCCAGCUGAGUCCCGGCAUCCAGGGCAUUGUGGUGAACAAACCCAAUCCUCCGCAGCCGCAGCAGACGCAGCAGCUUCUCCUGCAGAACGGGCAAAUCCUGCAGCAGGUGAAUCUCAUUGGACAGCAGCUGCUCAUGCCGGCUGGCUUGGUGAUGGGACCGGAUGCUACGCUGCUGCAGAUCCAGAACAUGCCCACCACCACCAGCCUGAUGACGCCGCAGGGACCCGUGAUGCUGCGUACGCCAUCGCCACAGAGCCACAAGCCAUCCUUCAUCUCGCCGAGCGCCGGAGGACAGCAGUACUUAGUAGGGGCCAACGGGCAGUUGAGCCCCAUCGGGCAGAUUUACUCCACGCCCAUGGGUCUGGUGAUGCCUACGGGUCAGCAGGGAGGUGCUUCCUUCGUGCAGGCCAGUCCCACAACUACCACGACUAUUCAGAUCCAACAGCAGCCAGCCCCGCAGAUCAGUUUGCAGCCGGCACAGGCCACCUACAUGACGGAGACGGUGAUGAAUCGCCAGGGAACGGCGGCCAGUCCGCCGGACACCACCACCUGCAGUCCACGGAGUCCGGAGCGACCACCCAGUCAUCGAAGCAGCGGCAGUGACAUGGUACAAUGCGUAUCCAGUUCGGAGCCCGAUGCAGCUGUUUCUCCCCAAAGCGCCGAGAGUCGACAGUCGCCGUCUUCAACGGACUGUGAGAGGAACAUUUGCAACAACAAUCUGUUCACCCAGCCAAGUGGGAUAUACAAGCACUCGGAGCCAAAGAUCAGACGCAUUCACAUCCACACCUCGCAGACGGCGGCGGAAAACGGGAUGAGCCUGAUGCAGGGACAAGAGUCGCCCACAACAACGCAGCUGAUUUCAUCGGUUCCAGCUGCUCCUAUCCUGGAUGUUCCACCAACAGUUGAGAAGGCGACGAAACGUUCGCGACGCCCGCAGCGAGGAGCGGCACGUCCUAAUGCCGCCUUCCUGAUGCCGCCGCGUUCCUUUGCCAUUGGAGAACUGAUCUGGGGUCCGGCCCGCGGGCAUCCCGCCUGGCCCGGGAAGAUUGUCAAGAUGCCCGACGGAGUGUGCACGCCGUCGCAGCAGUUUGACCACGUCUGGGUUCAGUGGUUCGGCGGCGGCGGGCGCUCCACCUCCGAACUGAUUCCGGUCAACUCGCUGCAGAGCCUCUCCGAGGGUCUGGAAGCGCAUCACAAGGCCCAGAAGGAUACGAGAAAGAGCCGCAAACUGAACUCGCAACUCGAGCGGGCCAUACAAGAAGCAAUGACUGAGUUGGAUAACAUUUCAGCCUCCUCGACACCCGCAGCCACAUCCUCCUCAUCAUCAUCAGUAGCUACGAUAGCUGCUGUUCCAGGACCAGCAGUAAUUGCCGGACAACAGCAAUAUCAGCAGCAGCAGCAACAGCAGCAGCAGUCGCCCUCUUCAACGAACAACAAAAUAAAUGGACUCGCGCGGAGCAAGCGCCAGGCCAACAACACAAGUGGCCAGGCCAGCAUGGUGCUGACCACCAGCACGGCGGCCACAUUGAGUGGCCUCUUCAAUCAGCAGCGAGCCAAGCCCAUACGCAUUGCUCCGGCUCCACCGGUGGCCACAAUGGGCGCGGGAAAUAUUGGAGCUGGAGGAGCCACGGUGGCCUCGACUGGAACGACAGGGGCAACUCUGGCCCGUUCCGAGAUCCUCAAGCUGGCCAAAUGACCAGCGCUGUCGGCGUUGUCGUCGACAGUUAGCACAGCCAACUACACGCUCGUCAUCGGGCACAAGUAGUGCGGAAUGGAAACAAGGAGCUAGGAGGAGAUAUAUAGCUAUCCAUAUACGAUACGAGUAUUGAGUUUAGUGUUAGAUGUCGGGCCUCAGCUUUGGAGUUUGUUGUUUUGUAUUCUUUACCAGACUCUCAACCACGACUCCCACACUUUCGAAAUAGACAAUAAAACAGCAAGAUGAUGUUAAUGGAAAACAAGUUACAAAGAAGAGUUCUAACAAUAAGCGAUCGUUUUUGCUUCUUACACAGCAGCGCUGCGGCGCAAUUUUGUGUUGUUUUGUACAUAGCAAACACCCCAAUCUACAGAUGUUAGCAUUAAGUUUUUAUUUAUUGCAUAUAGACCCUUGGUUUUUUGAUAGGUUUUGUUUUCGUUGCAAUUUUUAGGCUUACCAAUUAUUUUUAUAAAUAGGUAACCUAAGCUGAUAUUUAGCCACUAAGUUAAUCAUGAAGUUAAUCAAGAAGGCAGAUCUACGCAGCCAUGCGUUCUAAAAGUACAUUUGCUUUUUCAGGCGAAUAACAUCAAAUCAAAAGCAGCUACUGAUUUAUCAUUUAUUGCUUAUGCCCAAAAUGUUUAUUAAACUCUAGAAGAACAAAUUAUUUAUGUCAAACACAAAAACAUCUUGAGUAAUGAUUGAGGAAGAAUGAAAGAAAUUAUAUUUAUAAAUUGUUAUUAUUUAUUUAGUUGACUAUUGUAAAAUUAUAAUUGUAAAACAAAAUACAAAAACGAAAUCACACUUAG